AUGGCGCGUGAUCGUCUUGCGGCCAUGAGGGCCCAGCAAGCUGGCGGCUAUGGAGGCUACGGAGGAGGCAACAACGGCUAUGGCGACCACUCGUACCCAACACAGCAGCAGGGCGGUGCACAGGGCGGCUACGCUCCACCGCAACCCCAACAGCAGGCAGGAUAUGGGUACGAGCAGGGCGGAUACGGUGCCCAACCCCAGGCUGGAUAUGCUCCUCCUCAACAACAACCCACUGGAUACGGUCAGAUGCCGCAAGCGCAACCCACAGGCUAUGGUGCUGCUGAUCCCAAUUCUUACGAGAUGCAGAGCGUAGCCACCGAAAAGCCUGCUGGCGACAUGAACUCGUUCUUCACCGACAUCUCCGAGAUCCAGGACACCAUCCGUCUCAUUGAUGAGAAUGUCAACAAGAUCUCGGACCUCCACUCGCGUUCGCUCAACAACAUGGACGAGGCUUCGGCACAGUACGCCGAGCAGCAGCUUUCCAGCAUCCAGCAGGAGACCUCCUCGCUCACCAACGGCGUCAAGAACCGCAUCAAGCUGCUCGAGUCGCAGAACAAGCGUAUCCCUGCCGGAGGCGACAAGAACGUGCGCAACACCCAGAUCGGCGCCGUCAAGAACCGUUUCAAGGAGACCAUUCAGCGAUACCAGCAGGUGGAGCAGAGCUACCGCCAAAAGUAUCGCGCGCGUGCCGAGCGUCAGUUCCGCAUCGUCAAGCCGGACGCUACGCAGCAGGAGAUCAAAGCUGCGCUCGACGACGACCAGAAUGGCCAGAUCUUUUCGCAGGCGUUGCUCAACUCAAAUCGACACGGCGAGGCCAAAGGUGCGCUCCGAGAGGUGCAGGAGCGACACGAAGACAUCAAGCGGAUUGAGCGUACAAUCACCGAGCUGGCACAACUGUUCAAUGAGAUGUCGAUCCUCGUCGACGAGCAGGACGACGCGCUCAACGUCAUCCAGGAACAGGGCGCACAGGUCGAAACCGACAUGAACCAGGGUCUGCAGCACACGAACAAGGCGGUCGACUCGGCGCGGAAGGCGAGGAAGAAGAGGUGGAUCUGCUUCUGGAUCUUGGUCAUCUUGGUCCUUGUCAUUGCAGGCAUCGUUGUGGGUGUCGUUUGCAGAAAUGGCUGCGGUUCGAGCAAGAGCAAUGGCAAUAACAAGAGGUCUCUGGUCACGAGGGCUGUCCAGUAUGGACACGGUGCCAUGAUCGAGAAGAAGGAUGCGAGGGCGUAUCUGUUGCCUGAUUUGGGUUUGUGA